CUCUGCCUUGGUCACAGUGUUUUGCAAACUGCUCUGCUCUGCUCAGACUGAAUAAAGGGGAGGAAAGGAUGCAUGCAAAUCUUGUCAGCCGUCUUCCAGCAGUUCAAGCCGUAUGAUUGCCUGUAAAGAUGAAGAUAUCUCUCCGCAGAACUUUCAGACUCAGAAUGGACCUUUUCUUUUUUCCUAAAUGAGUUGACUGAACUACUGUAGCAAUAGCAUUGCACAAAGUACUUUAGUUAUAAUGAUGAAAAGGCGGAAAGGGGGAUGACGUAUUUCGGAGGGGGUGUUUCGGUGGUGUGAGGACUGCGGGCUGUGGUUGGGUAUGUCAGUGCCACGUGUCUGCGCUUGCACCUCUCUUUUCCACACAGAGGAUGUCGGACUGAGACCUUAGUGCGCUUGGUCAAAGUGGGUCAUCACAUUACACUGGGGGAGGAUAACAUCUUGAGAGGGAAUGUUGAGCAACCUGCUAUAAGACGACACCAGCUGAUUUGGCAAAAGAUUUCUGUGAAGGACUUCAUUUUUAUUCUUUUCUCUUCCGGUGCCUCAGUGAGCAUGCUGCAUUCCCUCUGUUCCAUCAUUUGGUUGAACCGCGGGUUCAAGUUGAGGAAAGUGGCCUGUACGGCCAACACCGGCCAGGUCUAAGCCAUUCCUACCGCGCAUGCCUGCCCAUGAGCUCUGUUUAGUAGUGCUUAGCUAUUAUUGAAACGUCCCACGGUACGACAUCAAUUGCACCCUCAAAGUUUGUUCCUUACUUCGAUGCUCUUCUGCCUGAGGUGAUUGUCAUUUCAUACUCUGAAAAUGGCUGCGGAUGGCUUCCAGUACAGAUCCAUCUACUCCUACCGUAAGGACUGGGAGCAUGACAUUGACCUUGAGCCUGGUGAUAUCCUGACAGUGGACAAAGGGUCUCUGCUGUCAUUGGGCAUCAAAGAGGGCGACGAGCAGCACCCCGAAUGCAUCGGCUGGAUCUUGGGCUUUAAUGAGCGAACCAAACAGAGGGGAGACUUUCCAGGGACAUAUGUGCAGUAUGUGGGACCUGUGAAAUUGUCAGCGCCGUACUGCCAGCCUCGUUCUCAGAGACCACUUCCUGCUGUUCCCAGACCUGAGCCAACAGCCUCCUUGCAGGUUGUUCCAGACCUAGACUUGACCAAACAGUUCAUGCACCCGGAAACUGCUCCCCCUAAUCUGAUUAAGCUGAUCGAAGCAGUUGAGCGGUCAGGUCUGGACUGCAGGACACUGUACAGGACUUCAGCCUCUGACAAUCAGCGACCGAGCCUCAGCGAGCUGCAGGAUCUGGACGUGGGACAGUGGGACAUUCAUGCGCUUUCGGAGGCUGUGAUUCGGUACCUCCAGGACCUUCCUGCCCCCAUCAUCCCUCCCUGUGUUUAUACAGACCUUCAGGCAGCAGUGCAGCUCGAAUCGGACGUCCCCUCCGUGAGGAGACGUGAGCUGCUUCAGCAGGUCCUGGACAAGCCUGAGGUUCCUCUGCAGAACCUGCUGACACUGCAUUAUUUGCUUCAACACCUGGACAAGGUCUGUCAGUCCGCUGAGCAGAACGGCCUCGACAUUUACACCCUGGGCCAGAUCUUCGGCCCUCUCCUGUUCAGGGGCCCUGUGAGCGGGUCAGAGGAAGAUGAGGCGUUUCCUGCAGCUGCAGUUGAGAGACUUCUUUUGGAGAGAAUUUGGGAACAAGAGCCGACUCCUCCCGCUCUUCCUCCAAAACCGCCCAAAGCCAAAGCCAUGGCCUCAUCUGUGACUAAUGGAAGCGACAGCUUACUGAGUGAAGCUGAAUGGUACUGGGGAGAUAUUUCAAGAGAGGAAGUGAAUGAAAAAAUGAGAGACACUCCUGAUGGUACGUUCUUGGUGCGGGACGCUUCAAGCAAAGUGCACGGAGAGUACACUUUGACCCUCAGGAAAGGAGGCAAUAACAAACUGAUCAAGAUUUUUCAUCGCGGGGGCAAGUACGGCUUCUCUGAGCCUCUUACUUUUCUCUCUGUGGUGGAGCUCAUCAACCACUACCGCCAUGAGUCACUGGCGCAGUAUAACGCCAAGCUGGACUCUCACCUGCUCUUCCCCGUCUCCAAAUAUCAGCAGGAUCAGGUGGUGAAAGAGGACAGUAUAGAGGCAGUGGGAGAGCAGCUGAAGGUUUAUCACGAGCAGUAUCAGGAGAAGAGUCGUGAAUAUGACGUACUGUACGAGGAAUACACACGCUCAUCACAAGAGUUGCAGAUGAAGCGGACUGCCAUUGAGGCGUUCAACGAGACCAUCAAGAUCUUUGAGGAGCAGUGCGAGACCCAGGAGCGCCUCAGUAGAGACAGCAUUGAGAAGUUUCGCAGGGAAGGAAACGACAAGGAGAUUGAGAGAAUUCAGAGUAACUCGGAGAAGCUGAAGUCUAGAGUGACAGAGAUUCAUGACAGCAAGAGGAAGUUGGAACUGGAUUUGAAGCGGCAAGCUACAGACAAUCGAGAGAUAGACAAGCUAAUGAACAGCUUGAAACCAGACCUCAUUCAGCUGAGGAAGCUAAGGGACCAAUAUCUUGUAUGGCUGACUCAGAAAGGCACCAGGCAAAGGAAGAUCAAUGAAUGGCUGGGAAUAAAGAAUGAAUCAGAGGACUUCUAUUCUCUGCUGGACGACGAUGACGAUCAAGCGCAUCAUGACGAGUGCUCCUGGUACGUUGGAGACAUCAAGCGCUCGUAUGCAGAGGAUCUCCUGAGAGGCAAACGCGAUGGCACCUUCCUCAUCAGAGAGAGCCAGACCCAGAAGGGCUCCUUCGCCUGCUCUGUAGUUGUGGAAGGAGAAAUCAAACAUUGUGUGGUUUACAAGACGGCCACAGGUUUCGGAUUUGCUGAACCCUACAACCUUUACGGCUCCUUGAAAGACUUGGUCCUGCACUACAAACACACGUCUCUGGUCCAGCACAACGACUCGCUGAAUGUAACCCUGGCCUACCCGGUGCUCGCACAGCAGCCUAGAUGAGCACCGCUUCACCACAUGGCCCGGGACACGCAUAUAAAGCAUGAUUAAGCACAUUAUUCAGAGCAAAAUAUACUAACACCCAACGUUUAUGUUUAUCGUAGAGAACAGAUAAGCACAGCAUAUUAUCGUUAAGUAAACGUACGGCUUUUUUGUAAGCCCAUAGUUUUUCCAUAUCGAUCAAAGUCAGCUGCAGUAGUUACGGUAAGAUCACAGCUUUUCUGUAUUUGUCGUCUCAACAUGAGAUGGAUAGCGUCACACGAUUCCACAAACGCUCAAACUAGUGUGGCAGUCCUAGAUUUCAUCAGUUUCUGAUUGGGAUUGAGGGCAGGAUAAGAUGAGGAAUGAACUAAAGGAUGCAGCUGUUGAUAAUCAAUCUUAUAGCUGUUCCGUCACUGUGUGUUCGUUUGGUAGUUUGCUUCUGCCAAUCAUAUGAGUAGAUUCCUCUUUAUGUGAGUUGUCUUCUAGAAGAUGUGAAACCAAUCUUUUCUUUUCUUUUUUUUUUAUCAGACAUGCUUGAGGGACUCUGACGUCCUUUUAGUUUCUAAUUUGCCUCUUUUAAGCUUAGACGCCAUGGUCAGAAUAAAUAGCCAUCAGCAAUUGCCUGCUUUUCUGUGAGAUGGUUCCACACAGAGCUGAAGUCUGGCAUCUUAAAGGAUUAGUUCACUUCACAAAUGAAAGUCUCCUGAGAUUUUAACUACUCCUUUUUAUCCAAGAUGUGAAUUUCUUCCUUUAGUCAAAAGGAAAUUUAGAUUUUUAAGGAGAGCAUAGAUCCUUCUGUGUUGAUCAGUGAUUUUUAAAUUGCAGUUUUAAAAGGCGUUACAUGAUCCCAGCUUGAGGAAUAGCAUCUUACCCAGCAAAAUGAUCAUUGUUUUUUUUUUUUUAAAAAGGAAAGUUUAUGUACUUUAGCCGAAAAAGCUCAUCUUUUUAUGGAAAAUGGCAAUUUUUUUGACUAGGUAAGACCCUUAAGGGCUGGUAACACCAAACGCCAAACAACUAGCACCAACAAAACUCAACUGUCUGUGGCAAUCUUGAUGAACCAGUGUUUGUUGCGGCGUCAACUAAAAAAAAAAAAUCAAGCCUGGGGAAUUUUUUUCUUCUUAAAUGACACUUUUUUUGUGUGGCGUUUGGCACGUUGGUGUGGGCAAUCACAUUGGAACCCUUUGUUUAGUCAAGGUGCGAAAUUGAAUUAAAAUUGCAGUUUGGGAGUUUAAACCACUGAGCAUAGAAGUCUAAUAAAUUGAGAAAAAUCCUGCAUGUCUUCCUCAAAAACCUUAGUUUCCUUUGGACCAAAGUGAGAAAGAAUAUAACAGCUUGCAAGACAGUGGGGUGAGUAUAUCAUCAGUAGUUUUUCAUUCUGUAAGUGAACCAAUCCUUUAGUAGUUUUUGUGGGCUGGUAUUGGUGCUUUUUGGUGCUUUAUUUUUGUAACUCUUGUAAUGUGAGAAUGAUGCAUAGCUAUAGCGAACCGUUAAGAUCCAGCACCGAACAAAGGUGAUCCAAAGCAAUGACGCGCACAGGAGCUUCCACUCGCUUUGACUCACUCGAUCAAACGUGGAUCUGAUUUCAGAUUUUUGAGGAAAUCAUGGGGUGGAAGUUGAGGUAUUGUGGUAGUAAAUGAAUUCUAAUGUUGUUGGGGCGUUUUUGUAACUGUUCUCCCCUUAAUGUGUCAUUCUUCCAUCUUGGCUUGUGCUGUUAUUCAUAGUCAGAUGAUACACGGGGUGUGUAUCAUACAGUCAGCUGGAUUAAAAAAAAAAAAAAAA